AUGUCCUCUGGAACUUCCAAGAAGAAGAAGGAUGGUGCCUCGACCGUCUCAAAGGGGAAAGCCGCAUCUGCAGGGAGUGAUGUAAAUGCUGGCACCGAACCGAAGAAGUCGGCUAAGAGGGGAAAGAAGGUGGCGGUGAAACCGAUAGCAGACGACAACGAGGUUGAGGUAGAAGAGACCAAGAGGACAAAGGGUGACAGCGUUCCCUGGGGCAAGAACCCAAGCUGGAUUGCUAAGGCCAUCGAAUACCUCACCAACAAUCCUGAGUUCCGUAUGAAGCUCUUCAGUGAUUCGACCAGUGACGCUGCCGCACAGUCUCGGGCCAAGGUGCAGGGGAAGGAGACAAAAGUCGGGAUGUACGAGAUCAUCAUGGACUUUGUUGCAGGUGUGCCGUCCGCAUCAGAGAUGGAGGAAGAGGCAAAGGUGAAGUCAGAGAGCGGCAGUGCAGAUCAUGAGGCAGAGAGCAACGAGGAGGAGACCGGGGUGUUGGGUCCGGAGUGGAAAGCCAAGUACCUGGCUGAUCGAGGGAGUUUGGCGAGAUCUCUGCAGCAACAGUUUUCUCGGAUGAAGAAGACCUAUUCAGGGCAUGUCAGUAAACUCUACGCAACAGGUGGAGGACUGCGGCCUGAAGACGAUCAAGCCAAUCUCAUAGCACAAAUCAAAGAACAAUUUGUUCACUGGGACGAACUGGAUGGAUUCUGGAGAGAACUGCCCAACUACAACCCAAUCGGCGUGUUGAACGCGAAGUCGGGUGCAAAUCACGGGAAGCGAGCAGGAGCGCUCUUUGGGAUCGAUGCUGCCGAUGAUAUUCUAGCCUUGGGGGAUGUUGCCCACAGUCCCUCUUGGACCACCAUCUCUCGAGACGCAUCCUCGCCUCCCUGUGACAAGUUGAUUGCAACGUCGGAGGGACCAGAUAUGGACGAGUUGGAACAUGAAGAGGUUGAGGACGCUCCUGAGGAGAUUAUGCCAAAACAAGAGAAGGGAAAGAAGAACAGCGGCAAGUCCGAAUCAAGCAAAGCCAAGCCAAAGCCAAAGCGGUUCGACAUCGACUCGCUUGAUCAAGCUUAUCAUGAGGAUCUUGCUGAAUCCUCAAAACGACGGGCGGACCGAGUGGGUCUGGAAAUCGAGCGCGAAAAGAACAAGCGUCGAAAGCUUGAGAACGAGCGCCAGAAAUUUGAACUGGAGCGAGAAGAAAGACGGCUGCAGAUGCAACAACAGGCGCAGCAGAAUCAGCUGAUGAUG